CCCUGGGGGGAGGGUGGGGAAAUUUCCGGGCUCUUUGAGGUUAAAAGGGAAGGCCAGGCCAGGGGUCCCAGGCCACAGGAUUUCAGCAGCCCACUCGGCAGGGCAGAGCCACUUCUGAGUCUCCUCCUUCCUUCCCAGCAUCGACUCCCAGUCUCAGUCCUGGCCAUGGGACUCCCGCACGGCCACCUGUGCACCGCCUCUAGCGCCCGGGCCCUGUCGAGGCUGCUGCUGCCGCUGCUCGUGACGCAACUGUGGGCCGCGGAGGCGGUGCUGCUCCCCAGAAACGACACCGGCGUGGACCUUGUGGCCUCCGGCGCUCCUUGCGCACGCGGUUCGCAGCCCUGGCAGGUCUCCCUCUUCAGUGGCCUCUCGUUCCACUGCGCGGGCGUCCUGGUGGACAAGAGUUGGGUGCUCACAGCCGCGCACUGCCGGAACAACAAUCCUCUAUGGGCUCGCAUUGGGGACGACCACCUGCUCCUCCUCCAGGGCGAGCAGCUCCGCCGGACCACUCGCCACGUCAUCCACCCCAAGUUCCACCAGGUCUCAGGCCCCAUCCUGCCGAGGCGGACAGACGAGCAUGACCUCAUGCUGCUGAAGCUGGCCAGGCCCGCUGUGCUGGGGCCUCGCAUCCAGACCCUGCGCCUGCCCUACCGCUGUGCCCAGCCCGGAGACGAGUGCCAGGUCGCUGGCUGGGGUACCACGGCUACCCGAAGAGUGAAGUACAACAAGGGCCUGAGUUGCUCCAGGGUCACUGUCCUGAGCUCUAAAGAGUGCGAGGUCUUCUACCCUGGUGUUGUCACCAACAACAUGAUGUGUGCAGGACUGGACCAGGGUCAGGACCCCUGCCAGAGUGACUCCGGUGGCCCUCUGGUCUGUGACCAGACCCUGCAGGGCAUCCUUUCAUGGGGUGUUUACCCCUGCGGCUCAGCUCAGCAUCCAGCGGUCUACACCCAGAUCUGCAAAUACAGCUCCUGGAUAGAGAAAACCAUACACUCCAACUGACCCAGAGGCCCUGCCACUCCACCAGCUGCCGUCUUGCUCCUUCCUUCAUAGUUGCGGGGGCUGAAUUCUCCCCCUGUUCUGUUCGAACCUCCACUGCCCAACACCUGCUAACAUCUCUCCUCAUCUUCCCCUGCCUACUGCUGCUCUUUCCACACUUUGAAGCCAAAGUGUCAAUAGAGGUGGUCAAGUUUAAUUCAAGAGAAGCAAGGAAGCUGGUGGUCACCCAGCAUCUGAGAGAAGUUGUCACUCACUCAGCUUGCCUCCCUCUGCUAAUCCCUGCUGUGUGACCUCGGGCAAGCAGAGUAACCUGUCUGGGCCUCUGUUUCUUCAUCUGGAAGAUGGGGACAAUGGAGUGCCUGCCUCGGAGUCAUUGUGAAGAGACGAUCAUACAACAUGACCAUACAACACGAGUGCAUAGGUUGCUAUGGUAACUGUUAGUAAAGCAUUAACAUAGGGGGUGGCAAGCCCUGACUGAAUGUUCCCUGUUGUCAUGAUCUGUGAGCAGGUCCUGGUGAGGAUGAACGUAUGUAACUUCGUGUCCUGGGGAGAAAAGCACAGAAGUAGCACCCCCGUCCCAAGACCCCAAGCCCCAUCCUCCACAUCCCCAUCCCUCAGGGCUGAUGGGAGAAUCACACUCCCCACCCUCCCCUCAAGGUCUAUGAGGGGACCUUAACCACUUAACCUUAACCACUUCCUUCCUCCCUCCCACUGUUCCCCACGUCUGGGUCCACCCAGCACCAGUUCCUCCUGUCCCAGCAGGAGCUGGGCCACCUCUGAGUCAUCUAAUCCCUUCACUGCCUUCCUGGGGCCACUAGAACCCAAGGGACCUCACCACAGAUCCACCUCAGCCUCCAAGACCAGAGGAACCCGCCCCGCCUUAGUUGCUAAGUUCAAGGAAAGAAGUCCUCUGAGAUUUAGGGGAAGUUUUUUGUUGAGAUCCCUCUCCAUUCUCUCACCAAUCACAAGCCCCAGUCCCAGCUCCACCAUAUCCCCAUUCUCCUCUGAGCCCCUCACAACCCCCAGUCCACCGCCAUCCCCCCCCCAUCCCAAAUUGGCUUGGAAAUUUCGC